UUUGCGGAAAACUGAAAGAUGAAUCACAGGAGAGCGUCGGUUUUUUGUCUCUUUGCAGUUUUAGCGUUCAACUCGGUAAACGGAGCACCGUCUUUGCAAUGCACCGCAGAUAUCACAGCUUACCAACUUGGACUCCUCAGCAGCACACCAUGGGCGCUUAAAAUGCUGGACUCGUCAUCUAAGUUGCCACCUGACGGUCUCCUUCAAGGUUCCUUCCUGUUUCAGUUUGGCAACUUUGACGAGUGUCUUUCUGUAAAUGGACCGGUAAACAGCGACAAUAAACCCAGGUUCACUGGAAAAUACUGUCGGGCGCAACUUGGUUUUACGAUUCGUGAUGAUGCGGAUGCGAGGUCUCGCCUUGUUUUCGCCCAAAUGAAACUGGCGCACGACAAAAUCACCAAAGGCAUCAGCUACAAAGACUCCAAUGGUUUCAUUAACGCCGUAUCUCCACAAAGUGGUUUGAUUCCCAACGUGGCGAUUCCUGCUCAGUGGGCCGUUUGCGCUCCGUCGUCCUGCAAUGUCGAAGGUGUCAAACAAGUAGCAGAUUUCAACCUGAAGCAGUUUUUUUCUGUCCUUAAUCUGGCUAUUGACACUACUGUCAUUGAAAACUCUUGCCAUUAUGAGGAUGACGGCAAACAAGACCUGGACACGGGCUCUUGGGCUUUCAUCAUCAUUUUUCUCGUGUUGACAAUCAUUAUGGCAUAUGCUACGAUUUGUGACUACUUUUGGCCUAAAGGACAAGAUUUACACAUUGCUGUGCAGUCAUUUUCUUUGAGAACCAAUUUGCGCAACUUGUUCACGCUGCCAAAAUCUGUUGCGCCUGGCCAACUGGCUUGCCUGCAUGGAAUAAGGGUUGUCAGUACGUGGUGGAUUAUUCUUCUUCAUUGUUACAUGAUUAACGCUUACCUCCCGCACAUCAACGCUGUGAUGGCAUUUGAUAAGUAUCUUCACGAGUGGUCGAUGGCACCUAUUUAUAGCGGAGCGUUGGGAGUGGAUACGUUUUUCUUCUUGAGUGGUUUGCUAACCGUUUACGUUGUUUUGUUGGAUAAGAAGAAAGGUCGCUCAUUUAAUGUUUUCAAAUACAUUUUGUUCAGAUACCUUAGAAUCACUCUUCCGCUGGCAAUGGUAGUGUUCUACCUGUCAACCCUGCACAGGCGAAUGGGAGCUACUCCCAUGUGGGACUUGUUUAUAGAAACUCAAACACAAAGGUGCUCUAACUACUGGUGGGUCACUCUUCUAUACUUCACCAACUUUUACAAACCUAUUGAGACUACGUGCGUUGGACAAGCUUGGUACUUGAUGGUAGAUAUGCAGCUGGCCGUGUUGGCACCGAUCGUUAUUUACCCUUUACUCAUAUGGCCAAAAAUUGGUCUUGGUCUCAUCGGAGUCCUCACUUUGGGUUCUAUGGCCGUGUCUUUCGGGCUCACAUAUGUCUAUAGCCUACCGUGGACAUUGUCUUUCACGGUGGUGCAAGAGUCUACUGGAAACUUCUAUGACCUAAUAUACAAUAACCCGGGCGCCCGAGCAGUGCCUUACUUGUGCGGAAUGGCCCUGGCUUAUGUACUAGCAAAUAAAAUUACAUUCAAGUUGCCGAAAUGGGGUGUGGUGCUUGAGUGGAUUCUAAACUCGGCAGGUUGCUUGGCUAUCAUCUACACCAUCCUCAUCAUUUACGACAGGAACUUUGUAUAUGAUAAUCUUGACGCUGCUUUCUACUCUGCACUUCAUAGACUUGGUUGGUCGGUUGGAUUAAGCUGGGUGGUUUGGGCUUGCGUUAAUGGAUAUGGCGGUCCAGUGAACUCGAUUCUUUCGUGGAAAUAUUUUUUACCUUUGAGCAAACUCAGUUUUUGUGCUUACUUGGUGCAUAUGGACCUUAUGUAUUACCACGUGGCGCUGAUUAGAACCAACACUUACUUUUCAAACUUUGAGAUAGUCUUUGAGUUUUUGGGAAAUUUGAUAAUGAUGAUCCCUUUGACUUUCUGGCUUUACCUGGCCGUAGACGCUCCUUGUCAGUCGAUUAUUAGGGCUGCUUUUGGAAAACCAAAUCGAUUCGUCGCUCCCAUCGUGAAAGGUGACCAAAAUAACAACGAUCAAGAAGAGAAAGAUGAAAAAGUGAAAGAGAACAAUCAUGAAGCAGAACCUGUUGAAGAAAAGAAAGCUGAAGAAUUAGAAGAAAUUAAGAGCAGCUAAAUUUAUACUUUAUUCUUGAAGCUGUGCAUCGUGGUUGAUAUUAAAUAUGAGAUAUAUGUUUCCUUCAAAAUAUAUUUUGUUAUCUUCCUUUUUCUAUUUUAGGUUUCUUAAAAGAAAUAAAAGCAUGCCGAGAAAAUCUCUUCAUUUGUUCACCGA